AUGGCGUUGCCGCUGAUCCUGGACGUCGACACUGGCGUGGACGACGCCCUAGCGUUGCUUCUUGCGCUGAGGUGCUCCCAGGCACAGGUGCUGGCGGUCACCUGCGUUCACGGCAACACGGACGUCGACCAGGUGCUCCGAAACACCCUGCAGGUGCUGGACGCCGCCGCCGCGCCUGGUGCGCUGCCCGUGGCGCGCGGCUUCGCGGACGCGCUCGUGGAGCCGCCGCGGCGGUGCCCCGACAUCAUGGGCCACGACGGGCUGGCAGACCUCCAGACGCGAGAGGGCCCACAGCCGCCCCCGGGAGUACAGCUCUUGCUGGACACGCUGCGGGCCGCGGCCUCACCCGUCACCGUCGUGGCGUUGGGCCCGCUGACCAACGUGGCGGUGGCCAUUCGCACGGACCCAGACGUUUGGCGCGAAAAGCUGGGCCGGCUGGUCUGGAUGGGGGGCGCGGUCUCCGCGGGCGGCAACAGCUCCGCGUGGGCCGAGGCGAACGCCCUCGGGGACCCAGAGGCCGCCCACAUCGUGCUCGCGAGCGGCUUGCCGGUCCUCAUCUACCCGUGGGACGUGUUCGAGAAGCCCGCGUUCUCGCGCGAGGAGCUCACCGCCUACGCCGCCGCUGCCGCGGGGGCCCCCCGAACGUGCGAGGACUCCGCGGGGGCGCUCGCAACGAGGCUCAUGCUCUUCCUCAUGAGCAAGUUCGGGGGCGAGACGACGAUCGGCGACGCCGGCGCACUCGCCGUCGCCCUCGACCCGCGCCUCGCGACGGUGCGGAGUCUGCACGUGGCCGUGGAGCUGCGCGGCGGCCACACCCGAGGCAUGACCGUGUGCGACCUGCGGCCGCGGCGCGGGGGCCCGGCGCCCAACGUCGAGGUGGUGGUGGACGUGGACGCGCAGGCGAUCAAGGACAUGUUCGCCGGCCGCUCAGAAGACCUCUGGCCCUCUGAGAAGCUACGUAGGCCUACUUACGCUGGCAAUUUCCCGCUCUGGAACUCUCUCGAAGACAAGUUCGCGAAGCAGAACAUCUGA